UGUGCCUGGCUCUGUGGCGAGCUGCGCUGUGAACCGGGCUGCAGCCGCUGGUUGGAGCUCCUCGUCCCGCGCGGCCGGCUGGGUGAGGCCGGGCCCGCGGCGGGGGGCAGGCGGAGGUGCCGCGGGCCGCUGCGGGUGCCGCGUGCUCCAUGCGUCCGGAGCCCGCCCCGCCCCCGAGCAGCAGCCGCGGCAGCCAGGAGCUUCCCCUCGGCGGUGGCAGCGGGAGCCGCCGGAGCCGUCGCCACAGCGGGGACGGGGAGCCCCCGGGGUCCCCACCAGCGCCGCCGCCCGCCGUCAGCUGCCCGGACUGGGUCGGCCAGAGCUACUCCGAGGUGAUGAGUCUCAACGAGCACUCGAUGCAGGCGCUGUCCUGGCGCAAGCUCUACUUGAGCCGCGCCAAGCUCAAAGCCUCCAGCCGGACCUCGGCGCUGCUCUCCGGCUUCGCCAUGGUGGCCAUGGUGGAGGUGCAGCUGGACGCUGAGCACGACUACCCACCGGGGCUGCUGAUCGCCUUCAGCGCCUGCACCACUGUGCUGGUGGCGGUGCACCUGUUCGCGCUCAUGAUCAGCACCUGCAUCCUGCCCAACGUUGAGGCGGUGAGCAACGUGCACAACCUCAACUCGGUCAAGGAGUCACCGCACGAGCGCAUGCACCGCCACAUUGAGCUGGCCUGGGCCUUCUCCACUGUCAUUGGCACACUGCUCUUCCUGGCUGAGGUCGUGCUGCUCUGCUGGGUCAAGUUCCUGCCACUGAAGAAGCAGCCUGAGCCGGGCCAGCCGCGCCCCACCGGCAGGCUGCCUCCGGGAGGUGAGCUGCCCACCAACGGCAGCAGCGGCAUCACGCCGGGCCAGGCUGCGGCCAUCGCCUCCACCACCAUCAUGGUCCCCUUCGGCCUCAUCUUCAUCGUCUUCGCCGUGCAUUUCUACCGCUCGCUGGUCAGCCACAAGACGGACCGACAGUUCCAGGAGCUCAACGAGCUGGCCGAGUUCGCACGCCUGCAGGACCAGCUGGACCACAGAGGGGACCACCCGUUGACACCCGGCAGCCACUAUGCCUGAGCCUGCCUGCGAGGCCUCGGUGUCCAGACCUUGAUGCCCUCCCUUCCCAGUGGCCUUGACCCGCGCCAGCCCGUGCACGGCCCGGGUUCCGUGGGCACAGAGGGGCAGGAAGGGGCUUUUUAAAAAAGUGACUGCACCUUGAGACUUAGCUCUGGAGAACUAGCACUUCUUGUCCUUCCAGCUCUGGGGAGGAGGUGGCGGGGGUCAAAUGAGGACAGAUGGUCUGUCUCCUCCCUCCACCCCGAGAUGCUCCGGCCCCACCUCCCUCCCCAGUCCGUGUCGAGUGUGGGUGCGUGUGUGUGUGCGCGUGUGAAUACAGAAAUAUACUCCUGAGGGACACCUCCUCCUCCUGGCUGUGUAUGUGCUGCGUGGCUGGACUGCCUGGUGUCAUUGCCCCUGGAGGCCUGGUCAGGUGAGCCUCUAAACAAAGUUUAAAAUAUUUUAGGAGCCAGAUGUGGUGGUGCACACCUGUAAUCCCAGCAGUCUGGGAGGCUGAGGCAGGAGGAUUGCAAGUCUGAGCAACCCAGGAAUGUAGCUCAGUACUGAGGUCCUGGGUUCAAUCACCAGUACUGCAAAAUUAAAAAAGAGGGGGGCCGGGGAUGUAGCUCAGUGACACAAGUGCCUGCUUGACAAGUGCAAGGUCCUGAGUUUGAUUCCAGUAUCCAAAAAUACAGAAAGACAGACAGACAGACUGACUGACUGAGGCAGGCUGAGGACGUAGCUAGGAGUGUAGCCCUUGCCUAGUUUAUGGGAGGCCAUCAGUUGGAUGUUUUUCACUGCAAAAAUAAAAGAGCUCUUAAAUUUU